AUGGCCGCCAUCCGAAAAAAGUUGGUUGUAGUUGGUGAUGGUGCAUGUGGGAAGACGUGCUUGCUGAUUGUAUUUGGCAAAGACCAGUUCCCUGGAGUUUAUAUGCCCACAGUGUUUGAAAAUUAUGUAGCAGACAUUGAAGUGGACGGAAAACAGGUAGAGUUGGCUUUGUGGGACACUGCUGGUCAAGAGGAUUAUGAUCGCCUUAGACCGCUUUCCUACCCCGACACUGAUGUUAUACUCAUGUGUUUUUCCAUCGAUAGUCCUGGUAGUUUAGUAAACAUCCUAACGAAGUGGGCCCCAGAGGUAAAGAAUUUCUGUCCCAACGUGCCCGUUAUCCUAGUUGGGAACAAGAAGGAUCUUCGAAAUGAUCAGCACACGAGAGAGGAGCUGGCCAAGAAGAAGCAGGAGCCAGUGAAAACUGAAGAAGGCAGAGAUAUGGCAAAUCGGAUUGGCGCAAUUGGGUAUACAGAGUGUUCAGCAAAGACCAAAGAAGGCGUGAGGCAGGUUUUUGAAAUGGCCACAAGGGCGGCUUUGCAAGUCAAACGUAAAAGUAAAAGAUCCGGGUGCCUUGUCUUAUAA